GCUAAAGGCCGAGUUUUGUUCGUUCGCUCUUUCCGGCCCGGUUAUGGCAGCUGUAUGCAGGAAGCAGAGGGCCUUGAUUUAGGGUGAAUGAGCGCUAGCUAUAUGAUCCGCUGAAUGAUUUAGAAAAGGUUCGUGCUUUUUAAAAGACUUUCUUCGCCUCGAGCAACAUCUCUCUGUUCAGGAAAGAUGGCUACGACGGCGCAAUUAUUUGAGGAACCAUUCGAUGCAGAUGAGUACAUUGAGCGUCUGGCUUGGAGAACUCCAGGGGGUGGUUCUAAAGGAGGAGCAGAAGCAUUUGACCCUAAAAAGCUGCUAGAAGAGUUUGUUAACCACAUAGAGGAACUGAAACAGCUGGAUGAGAGGAUCCAGAGGAAAGUUGAGAAGCUUGAACAGCAGUGCCAUCGGGAAGCCAAAGAGUUUGCACACAAAGUCCAGGAGCUGCAGAGGAGCAACCAGGUUGCCUUUCAGCACUUCCAAGAGCUGGAUGACCACAUCAGCUACGUGGCCACUAAGGUGUGUCACUUGGGAGACCAGCUGGAGGGAGUGAACACUCCGAGACAGAGGGCUGUGGAGGCCCAGAGGCUUAUGACCUACUUCAAUGAAUUCCUGGAUGGAGACUUGCGCAGUGAUGUCUUUAACAACCCUGAGAAGAUAAAGGAAGCUGCUGACAUCAUUCAGAAGUUGCACCUGAUUGCUCAGGAGUUGCCAUUUGACAGAUUUGCUGACGUGAAGGCCAAGAUAGCAAGUAAAUACCAUGACUUGGAGCGGCAGCUGAUCCAGGAGUUCACAGCAGCUCAGCGCAGGGGGGAAAUCGGCCGCAUGAGAGAAGUGGCUGCAGUCCUGCUACAUUUCAAGGGCUAUGCCCAUUGUAUAGAUGUCUACAUCAAGCAGUGCCAAGAGGGUGCAUACAUGCAGAGCGAUGUGUUUGAGGACACUGCUCUUCUCUGUCAGCGGGUCAAUAAGCAGGUGGGAGAGGUCUUCUGUAGCCCAGAAAUGGUCAUGGCCAAACUCAUCCAAAACAUCUUUGAGAACAAGUUACAGACAUAUGUAAAAGAAAGACUUGAGACUCGUUCCACUGAAUUGGAGCAAUACCUCAAAAACCUCUAUGACCUCUACACCAGGACAACAGCUUUAGCUGCUAAACUAACAGAGUUUAACUUGGGUUCGGACAAACACACCUUCCUAUCCAAACUGAUUAAGAGCAUCUUCUCCUCCUACCUGGAUAGCUACAUAGACAUGGAGCGGCAGUAUCUGCAGUCUCGUAGUGCUUCAAUUCUGCAACGAUACUACGACUCGAAGAACCACCAAAAACGCCCAGUAGGCACAGGAAGUAUCCAGGAGCUGAAAGAGCGAAUCAGGCAGCGCACUAACCUGCCUUUGGGUCCCAGUAUUGAUACACAUGGAGAAACCUUUCUCUCACAGGAGGUUGUGGUCAAUCUGCUGCAGGAGACACGUCAUGCCUUCCAGAGAUGCAACAAGUUGUCUGACCCAGCUGAUCUCCCUAAAAACGCCUACUCUAUCUUCCUGCUGCUUGUAGAACACCUUUGUGUGGACCAUAUUGACUAUGCCUUGGAGAUUGGCCUUUCAGCUAUUCCUUCUGCAGAUGCCAAAAAUGCCAACCUCUAUUUCUUGGAUGUGGUGCAGCAGGCUAACACCAUUUUUCACCUCUUUGAUAAGCAGUUUAAUGAUCAUCUCAUGCCUCUUAUUAGCUCUUCUCCUAAGCUAACAGAGUGUUUGCAAAAGAAAAAGGAGGUGAUUGAUCAGAUGGAAGUGAAACUAGACACAGGCAUUGACAGAACACUGAAUUGCAUGAUCGGCCAGAUGAAACAUAUUCUGGCCACUGAGCAAAAGAAAACCGACUUCAGGCCAGAAGAUGAGAACAAUGCAAUGAGUGCACUACAGUACACUACAGCGUGCUCUAAGGUCUGUGCCUACGUGAGUAAGCAGGUGGAGCGUGUACGGAGGUCUAUGGAUGGAAAAAAUGUGGACACGGUGCUGGCUGAGCUGGGUGUGCGCUUUCACAGGCUCAUCCAUGAGCACCUGCAGCAGUUCAGCUACACGUCCAUGGGAGGCAUGCUGGCCAUCUGUGACGUGGCAGAGUACCGCCGCUGCGCCAAAGACUUCCGGGUUCCUCUGGUCCUGCAGCUCUUUGACACAUUGCACGCUCUCUGUAACCUUCUGGUUGUUGUUCCUGACAAUCUGAAGCAGGUUUGCUCCGGAGAACAGCUCACAAACCUGGACAGGAACCUCCUGCAUGCCUUUGUGCAGCUCAGAGCGGACUAUCGCUCAGCUAGACUGGGCCGCCAUUUUAGCUAAUGAUGGGUAAGACUGCACACCCAGUACACAGCUGUCCAAUCAGUACAGCAUUCUCGGGUCAGUCUGAGAGGCUUUCGGACUUUUUUAAAUACCUUUAAAUAUAAUUACUGGACAGCUCAUGGAUAUGAAAAUGUGUGGCGCAAUGCAUACUGGGAAAAGAAUAUUUAUGCAUCUGCCCAUUUGUAUUUUCAAGUUUUAUUUGCCUUGUCCCUUUCUCUGCUCUCCUUUUAACCUGUAAACUACAUGUAUGAAUGUAUGGCAUUUCAUUGAUAUGAAAUGUGUUCUUCUUCUUCAUCAUGUUUUUGCAUUAUUGUUAUAAUGCACACAACACUGAUCUGUAAAAUGAACAGCAUUAAGAGGGCUGGUUUGUUAUGUUUUUCAGUUUUUGAAUCUGAGGGUUUAGAUGAAUUUGGUUCACAUCUGGAAACAACAAAUUAAAUAGAUUAUUGUACCAAAUAUAUGUGGCUCUGCUGGCACUGGAGACACUUCAGCAGGUUGCGUCAUGUGCUUGCUAAUGAGCAGCAGCUAAUCAGUCUUUUUUCCCCACAUAAUGGUGCAUAGUUGUCUAAUGUAAAUUCUGUACUUGGUUUUCGUUACAGCAUUUAUAUAAAUCAGGUCAUUUCAUGUAGUCAGGACUAAGCAUCAAAAAUGAAACAUUGCCCAGAUCACUGCUUAUAACAUAGGAUUUGAAAAAUAUUAUGUAUAGCUAAACAGCUGGUAGUAAUUCUGAUAUCUGUAAUCAAUAUAGCUCUCUGCUCAGUUACUCUUAAUCAGAAAACACUUUGCAUAUUAAUUAAAGGCACAUUCCUGUAUUACUAUAAAUUCAAAUAAUUUUUUUUAUUGUAAUAGUAUGCACUCGGUCAGCUUUUUUUUUUUUUUUUUUUUUUUAUUCAAAGCACAUAGUCAUUUUCUCCUUAGGAUACUGGCAGUGGAGGUUAAUGGGGUUUAAGUGUAAGAUUGGAAAAAAAAAAAAACCCAAAUAUCUCUUUUUCUGAGAAGACAAGAUACAAGUCUUCUGUGUGUGCUGAAGUAUUUCUGACAUACACAUAGUGGCAUAUAUCAUUGUAAUCUACCACAAUGUGUUUUCCUUCUUAAACCAGUCAUUUUUCAAGUGGAAAUUUCCUAACCAUUUGUUUUUAAGACUUUCAUUGUAUGAAUGGCAUGCCAGUGCAGAAAUAUUGAAUCUAAAUAAUUGUGGGUGUUAAUCACCAGCUUGCUCAGAAAUGUAACAAAUCAACACUAAUGCAAGUACAUAUUACUGUACUAACAUACAAUCUUCAGUAUUCAUGAAAUAACUCACUCACUGAGCACAAAAGUUUAGAGUUAAUUGGUUAAAAUUGGGACUUGAGGGCAAUGAAUGUGCAAGUUUCUCUCUAAAGACUGUUGGUUGAAUCUGAUUAAACAGGUCAAGUGUCUGCCAUCUGCAGGGAUGGUAAUAAGCUCCAGUCAACACCACUGCUCUGAAACACCACUGCUCUCCAAACUGUAAUCAAACCAGAGUGUGAUAAUUCUGACACAGUGCCAUAUGACCCUACCUGAACUUAACUCUGUGCCUGAAUUUGAUGUUACUUUUUUCUUUUCUUAAAUUUUCUCACUGUUGAUCUCCUGCAUUUACACAGGCACUCAUACUGGUUAGCUGAUGUUGAACCUACUUGAUAUGAUUAAUGAAUCUACAAAAUAAUAAAACAAGUUGUCACAUUGUCAAUCUCACAUUUUUCUCACUAAUAACAACAUGCAAACCUAAUUCAAUAAAGAAAAAUAUGAAGUUAA